UAACUGAAGUUUCCAUAUCUUUAUAGUUUUGGGAAAGAAUUGUCUGUAUGAGAAUGAUGUGAUUAAAAUGUUGGGCAUUAGCCCCACAAAAAAAACUUAAAUAAAACUACCUAAAGUGUCUCGUUUGCGUGGUCCUCGCGUCUCGCCGUCAGCUCUAUAAAGUUGAAAAAAUCACUCGCCCUCAAUCAACAAAAUAGAUGAAUACGCGUAUCCCUGUUUUUGAGAAAAAAAAUUGUUUGAGUCGAAUUUGAAACUUUUACGGAUGUCCCUAUUGGAUCUCGAAGUGGAUACUUCUGAAAGUAAUCGAAAUAGCUUACUCGCUCACACAUUUGUGUCUCCCUUCUGAAAAUGGGAUGCGCCUAGCGUCCAUUGUCACGCCAAAAAGUAAUGUACACUUGAAAAGGAAUUGGCGAAGACUUGAAAGUUGGGACUAUGUCGUGCAAUAAUGCAAAAAGUAUGUGUUUUUAAUAUAGUAUGUGUAACGAAUUAUCCAAGAUCUACAGGGGAUCCAAGUGCAAUAAGAAUCCAGUGAAAAGAUAAUGCGGCUCAAAACCAAAUCAUGCUGCUGGUCAUGGUAGCUAUAGAUAGGUGUUACAGUUUUUUUUGGUGGUUCCAAAUCAUUGUUUAUAUCCAAUUUGAUUUUUGGAAGUAAUAAAGAGAUCGACUACCAACAACAACAAAUAGUUAGUUUGUUGCAAUAGUGAGCACAAAUCGUGGUUUAUAUAUUAGCAGUUCUAAAACACACCACCACCGCCGCCAUCAUUACCACCACCUUACUCCUAACAAUUGCCGAGUCGCGUAUCCUCUGUUGUGCGUGCCUGCCGCCUGCUGCUUUCCUGUAUAUCUCUGUAGCUGGGUAACCCAUCGGUUAAACAUCGAAUAAAAAAAUGUCUCGUUUUGGUCUCAGAAGUGCUGCGGAUGGGAUAAAACAAUUGGAGGAAAAACCAAGUCGAAGGAAAACAUAUAAUCCAGUGUCUAUAUCAAUGAAACGAAAUCCUCUACCAAAGGAUACAAAAUUUGUAACGAAUAUUAAGGAUGAAAAUAUAAUCGACGAUAUCAAAAUCGAAAUAGAUGAUGUCGAAAAGAUGUCGGAUGCCACAGAUGGACAACCAAGAAAUAGAAAUGUCACUGAUGGCGACGACGAUGAUGAGGACGAUGAUGGUGCAUUGGUUGAGGGCGAUGUAGAUGGUAAUUACGCACAGCCAUUUGCAUCGUCAUUCAAGGAUAGUUUAAUAUGCAGCGUACCUUUGGAGCGUAUACACGAUGUAAUACUGAAACUUAAUUUGACAAAAUCGAAGGUAGAAAACAAUAGCGGCACUAACAAACAAUCGGGCGAUAGGGAUGCUGAGGAUGUUGAUGAGUCUUUGGAUAAUGACGAGGAUGAAGAAGACGAUACCAACAACAUAUCUAAACAGUCUACUUCUACAAUAAAGAACCUCUGCUUGUAUUGCGAUAAGAAGUUCGCAUCGCACAAAAUGCAAUUGAAACAUGUGGAAAAGUUUCAUUGUUUACAACAAGAUCGUCGCUGUAGCGGGCGCAACUCGCAGAUGCAACAAGCGCAGACACCAAGAAAGCGCAAGCCAGCCCUGGGAACUCAGAACUUUGCCGGAUGUUCUUUUUGUCCAAAAAGCAAAGGUCAGUCGAAUUCGGUAAUACUACCAGCUUCCGAUUUGAGCGCUUUAUUUUUGCAUUUGGCUGAUUGUCAUGCCGACAAAUAUUUUGGAUGUAAAAUGUGCGUAAUGCGCUUUCAAAAUAUCUCUAAACUGUCCAAGCACAUGGAAGUUGUUCACAAGAGUUUAGCAUUUGCCUUCGAUGAAAGCAGCAGCAAGUCAAAGGACAAUGACACCGAUUCCCCCGUUUCAAAUGACAAACCGUUGGUGGGCGAAAGAAGCAAGCUAUCGUUGCGGCGUCAACAUCGAUCUCAGAAAUCUUUAGUUGCUGGCGCGAGUAGUAGUGGUAGCACUUCCACUACAAACACGGGGCCAAGUACCACAUCCAUUACACCAAAUACCUCGGUUAUUGGUGCUGAGGAACCAAUACUUUCCCGUUUAGGUCUUACUCAAAAUCGUUUGCCCAAUAAUCGCAAAGGUGUACGCUUAAGAAGGGAGAAAUUAAUUCCAGAAUUACUGCUGAAGUCCGAACAGAAUCAUCAACCAACCACAAAUUUUUCACACACACUCAAUACCUCAUCAGCAUUGGCCUCUUCUACAUGUUCUCCGAAAAUGCGUGGCAAAGCUAUUAAAACAGCUAGCGGCUUUUCUGGAGAAUCUUCGUCGGAUGUGAUUUUUCGUGUACCCACUCGCAAUGAUAUUCUUUCUUGUGUGUUCGAUGACAAUUUCUAUAAAGAGGUAGUGUCGAAUGUGCGCAACAAUUUGCUCUUUCAUUUGGAUGGAAAAAUAAUGGGGAAUUCACUGCAUAGUCUCGAUUCAUCGGUAAUGCGUCACGCCAUACAGCCUCAAAUACGAAGUACGCUAGUCAGAAGUCCAAUUGUUAUUACGUCCGACAGUGAGAUACAUGCAGCAACAAGUCUGGCUGCCAUAACCGCAUUUCCCACCCUAUUAACAGCCGAACAGUUUGGCGGAGAUGGUAACUCAUCGAAAAUACGAAGGCCUCACACAAAAAAUUCGUGGAAGUGGAAAUGGGAUAGCGUUAAAAAAUUUAAAUUGGUAAACGAAGGUGGUAAAAUUGUCAAAAAAAUGAAACACCCAAUGUUGGGUUUGCGUGAUCUUUCAAAAUUAGACAUGUGGACACAAUUGACAAUGCGGCAGAAACACGAAUUGCAGACACAUCAAUCAAAUCAGUCCACCGAUGAUGAUAGCUGGGUAACCGUGGAUAUACCCAACGAUCCUUCGCGCGAAGAAAAACAGCGGCUCAACGAUCAAUUGAAUAUGAUAUUGGAUAUGCGCCUUCUGCCACACAUCAUAUUGGAGCAAAAUGAACAAGCUAUUAUAAAACUAGAAAAUGACGAAUUCGGUAUUGGUCCAACUGAGCCAGUGACUGAAGACUCGGGCGACAAUUUCAUGGCUCAGACUUUUGCGGAUGAAACUUUUCUCUCAAUGCUAAAUUUAUUGCCAAAUGCAGACUCUAAAAAGAGCCGCAUGAAUAUUGUUCUCAGCGGUGAGUGGGCACGGCCCAGAUGCUAUCUGUGCAUGUGCUGUGGGGCAAAAUUCGAAAAACUGAAAUCCUUAGAGGAGCAUAAAAUGUUUCGACACUCGCAAAUACUUUCGACACACUAUGAGGUGGUGGGUCGUGAAUUGCUUAAUGGAAAUCUACUCCGCCAUUUGUUCCUACCCAAGAAAGCACUCAGUCGUUAUGCCAAUGAUAUGGGAAGUAGCAAUCUAAUUUAUACCGGUGCUGCCCGCAGGCUGUUUUGGCAUAAAAAUGAAACGCUUACCAGAGAAAUUACAAAUAACGAGGAGUCAUCUGACAGUUUGCAAUCCAUGCUGAACAGUUGCACCACAAACUCACUCAGUAUUAAGAACAGCAGUAGCACCGAGGACUGCGAAGUCGAUACUAAAAUAGCGACUGCAACGGCUUUGGGUCUAAUGCCGACCAAUACUGUCGUCUCUCCCACACACAGUAUUCAAUCUUGCAGUUCGUCAUCAUCUACUAGUGUUCCCAAGUCCAUUAUGAAAGUUCAAAAUACGACUCAGCCAUUGUCAAGUUUAUCAAUGGCCCACGCGAGCGGAAACAGUAUUUACGGCGGAAAUGGUUGCUCCAAAUGCGGCCGCAAAUGCAAUGGAAUCCUCGAUUUGUACCGCCACAUGCUCGAUUGCUCUGGCGAUUAUGUUUGGUCAUUGGCAAAGAAGCGCAAAUAUCGCUACUAUUGUGGUUCCAAGAAGCGUAGACCAUGCAACAAGCACAGUAUUUUGGAAUUGAGGAAAAAUAAAUCUGCACUUAAGCCUACAGUGAAAACGACCACGGUGUCCAACGACUGCACCGAAGAAGGGACAAGCACAUCUGUCAAUUUUACUAAAACCAAAACAUCCCCAAGACCCAGGCCCAGUGAUGCCGAAUCAAUUAAAAAGAUGCUGGAAAAUUUACCGCCAAAGCGUGUCUGUAAAAAGAUAUUUCCUGCAAUAAAUAAAACAAAGAAAAAUAUUAAACCUAAACUUUUGGCCAAACAUAAAAUAUUCCACAGCCUUCGAAAGACCCGAGUACGACAAAUGUCUCAAGCUGCAAAAAUUUUGUCUAAAACCAAAUCACAGUUGCAGAAAUCAAAAAAGAUAGUGACACGAUCAACGACGGUCCCCUUGCUGACUGCAGCUAAGAACAAAAGCCAAAAUAAGCCAAAGCCAAUCAAAACCUUAUCGUCGCGGAACGCUAAAGGCAAAACUUCUGAGAAGCUAUCAAGUCCCAUUAAUGAUGAAGUAGUAAGUAGCAUUAAGGUUGAACCCACAAAGGCUUCUCCAGUACCAACAGAGCCAGUUAUUGAAGAAGCUGAAAGAGAAAAAGAUGGCCAACUUGCCGCCAAUUCAAAUGUGCCUGAAAGCACAAACAAGAAGAACGAAGCGAAUAGCAUGCCAGCAGAGAAGGCCAUAUUCAAUGUGGCAAUGUCUUCGAGUGUCUUUGCGGAUGCUAGCCAAAGCGGCAUGCAAUGCUUUCUUUCAUCGACUCCAGACAACGACCAGCCUGACGUCUCUAGCAAAGAUGUGACAAAUGCCUCCAACCUUGGGGUGGUUUCGUCUGUUGAUGUAGAACGCCACCCUCCGGCCAACAAAAACGUUAAGAGGAGUAAGAGAAUAAGUGAUUGUAUCGCCAUGCUAACCGGCAAACUUGAGCAAAAACUUAAAACGGAGCAAAAGGUUUCUGCUCCAAGAACAGUUGCAGAGCAUAUUCCACAAAGUGUAAAAACAAAUACAACUCCAGUGCAAUUACCUCUUCCUACAUCGGCAUUACCACCAACCAUUAUUCCUAUUGCAAUACCACCGGCAAUACUUCCUACUUCCCUGGCACAACCCGCUAUAUCCCCAGCUUUAGCGCCAGGUGUAACAAAUCCGCCAGCACAUCAAAAGGAGUUGCUAAACCCUGCAAUCAAUGUUUCCGAAGACUUGAAAUCUAACAAAACACAAUCACCCAAAAAGACUCCCAAAAGAAAAGCUAUCUCCAGACGGAUUGUUAAAACCGAUGAUGCAGUAGGAAUUCCAAUUAGAGCUACAGAUCGAGUUGAUUCUGCCGUAAAGACGGUAGACGUAGCUACGGCACCAACUGAUAAACUACAACAACCUAUAGCUGUUUCAAUAAAUACGGGUGAUCAUAUUAAGCCUCCACAGAUUAUUGGUAUUCCACCCACAUCGGAUGUUGCAUUCGUCCAAGUCCAGGACGGAAAGCCAGCUAAAGCAAUUGCACCACCGGCCAUAAUUUCGCCAUUGCCACCCAUUAUGCCAUUAAAUAACCAAAAUCUUAUUCCCAACGUUGCAUUAUUUAUGCCAGUGGAUACUUUGUGUACACAGCACAUGCCAUCGAUGCCAGGCUUACCGUUACCGUUAUCUUUACCAGUAGCACCGCCACCGCCAGCUCCAAUUCCACUAGAAAAUGUGAUUCAACCGGCGCCUAUUGUUCACACAAUUGCUGCUGGACCUGGAGCAAUCAGCCUUUUACCACCUAGCAGCGCAAUACCACUAAUAACAAGCGUGCCAACGGCACAUCUACCACCUGGCCCUUCGUCCAUAGCACUACCCCUGGGAAGUUUUAGCAUUCAAGCUGCAACGGAACCCUUAAAUUUGUCUAGUUCAUCGAAAAAGUCUCAAAAACAAAGUCAAGAUUUAUCAUUCUCGAAUCGACAAAAAGGAAGCGGAAUCCCAGCACGUCGCCAGACAAUUUGUGGGUUUGAGGCGCGAAAUUUUGUUAUGUUUGAUGAAAUGGAACCACUGGAUCUAUCGAAAAAACCACGACCAGAAAAAAGUUCGCCAUCCCCUGUCGUAUCAGUGCUGCCAAAAUCUAUUGACAUGACACCUAUAUUGCUUCCAGCACAACAACCACAACCACUACCAUUACCUCAGCCUACGAUGGGCCCCAUCGAUACCUCUUCUCUUUUGCCGCCGGUACCAGUCCCGCCACUAACCCCCGAAGCCUUAUUAAACAAACCAUUUUACUCGAAUUUGGAUCUUUUGCGAAUACCACAAGUCAGAAAUCCGGUUGCAGGACAAAGUACUCCUACAUCAACAGAACCAACACCACCUCCCCCUCCGUUGCCACCAAUUGUGCCAAUUGUUGCGGCCCCACCUGCACCCAUAUUAACUACUAAGGCAGUGGCAAAGAAACGAAGCAAGCCCUGUCAAAUGGCAACAACAACGGCAGCAGCUGGAGCGCCUGCGAUUAACUUUGAAAGUGUCACCCCUACAACUCAAACUACUAUAACAAAGACAAACAACACCAAAGAUUUGGCUAAUAUCAUGCCGAAAAGAGAGAGUUCCUUCAAAGGAAAGGGAGUACUGCGUAUGGAUGAGGAGGUAAUAAAUCACAUCGAUGAUGCUAUCAAUUCCGUUAUAAAUGCGGUCAAGGCAAGUAUAGACAGCGAGGAAGCAGAAAAGUCAUCGCAGGAACUGAACACUCCCGUGGUACCGAUUUUACCAAAAACUACCGACGAUGUCAAUGUUACCAAGGAAUCUGUGGGAGAAUUUAAAUAUCUUACCGCAGCCAGACGCAAUAUGCGCUCUAAAACCUUAGAUUGUCGGCCGGCAGCGCUUAGCAAAGCCAAUUUGAAUGCAACAACAUUGAUAACAGACAGUAAUCAGCCUAAAGAGUCAACCGUUAAACCUCACCAUCAAACCAUAACGGUGCGAAAUAUUGAAACACUCACAAUUCCAGAGGCUAAUAGUAUUCCUUUGGAUUGUCCCAAUUCAUUGACGCCAAGUACUAAUGUUAGUGAUAGCUUCCAACAUUUGGAAGCGAAUAGGGAGGCGGAGAUAGAUCGCGUUGAGAGAAAUGCAACAACUAAACUACCUGAAGUGACCCAUAUGGAAAUUGUCCCCGAAUCAAGUACAACGAAGAGCAUAUGUGAAAAUAUAACAAGUAAUCUCAAUCAAGAACCACUGGUGGUUGAUGACAAUGCCAUAGGUUCCAAUACGAUUAUUGCCGCUCAAGCGGUCAAACAUAAUGAAAGUCCAAACAUUGAACGUGACGUGACUGUUUUAGCGGAGUCCGAAGCAGCACAAGCAGCCACCAAUACUAUUCCUGUGACAAACACUACUUUGGAUUUGGAACAAAUGAGCAACAACAAUAAUACCUCCUCCGGAUUUCACAGUUCCGCGCAAUCGGAUCAGCAAACUUCAGUCAUGUCGGCAACUACCACAUCCGUAUCGACAUCAAUGGUGGUACCGGACACUAAGAAGAAGCAAAGGAAACGACGCAAAAAUGAAUUGGCCGCCAUAGUCGCAGAUCAGCUUUUGGAAAGCUUUAAGCUCGAUAAAGCGCGUCGCGACAAUUUAAAGAAAUUGGAAAACUUGGCCUAUGAAAAAAGUGAAGAUUUAUUGCUAACAGGAAUGCUUUUAAUGUCGAGCACCAAAAGAAAUGUGUCUUCCUCAUCCGCUGUAAACAAUUCUGUGGCUGCAUCUACAACAACUGCGGCCGAUAAUACCGAAAGUACCAGUAAACGUUCUUCAAAUAAGUCCCAGCAGAAUAUGCAGGCUUCCAAAGCCAAUAGCACCAAUAGUACCAACACCACUGCCAUCACUCCCUCCUUAACCACGACGGAGUGUCCGAUUGUCAAUAAUAAGUAUCUGGAUGCCGAUAAAUCUGUAGCCGAAAAUUCGGAUGCCAAUGACAGCAAGAAAAAUAGUAAGCGUCGACAAUGUCGUCGUCGGGGAAAAACUCUCGAUAAUGAAAAUAUAAGUAAACUCAAGUCGUCAUUGGAAUCCUUUUCCAUAGACAUAGAACGGCAGCUGUCGGAGUAUGAAGCGAAAAAUGUAAAUGUUUUUAAAAAUGUCUCAGGCAAUGACGUGGGAAAAUCUCCGUCACAUUCUAAAACACAAACACCAGCUAACCCCAAGACUACCAUAAUUCUCAGGCCGAGUAUACUCUCUAUGACCCUUGAGGCCAGUGCUCACACAGAAAAUCCACAAGCAACAAAAUCACUGGCAAACAAUGCCGAUGCGGGUAAAACUGUAGUCUCUAGUCGGGAUCCUCGCUUAAAUAAAAACAUUCAUAAGGAAGGCGAAAAGAACCCCGAAAAGGCGGCGGAAAGUAAGCCAGUCUCAGCUGUUGUUGCUAAUGUGGCGCAAAAACACUCUAGAAGUCCCGAGGAAAUUGGUGAUCUUGAAGAAGACAAUUACCUCACGGAAAUCGCAAAAAAUGUCAAUGAGAAAAUUAUGUCAACAGAAAAUGAAGAAUUCGCAUUUAAGGAUGAUGGUUUUGAAAUGGCUAAUGACAUGGGCAUGGACGAUUCCAAUAGUAAAUUCUCUAGGCCACCCACUUCUAUGAGUGUACGUAGUGCCCCCAACUUCAACGAUGACCGCUCAAAUUUUGGUUCGAUUUGUGACGAGAAUACCAAUACCGAAGUUAUGGAUAUGGAUUUGGACGAUGAAAUGAGCGUGUACACCAGUUACUCUCAAGACUUGGGUCGUGGGCGCGGACGUAGAAGACGACGCAGACGUAGCAUAUUACUAACGCGAAAACCUAAGAAGAGAGCCUCAAGCCGCGAUUUAUCGGCUGAAAAAAUCGAAUGCAUUUUAUGCAAAAAGGUGUUUUAUAGCGCAAAUUCCUUGUCCAAGCACAAUAUGACACUUGCCCACGUCUCAAAGGUCUCCGAACAGGAAUAUUUGCUCUCGAAAUCUCUAACACAGAGUGUAAUUAAUGUUAAUCAAACACAAUCAACGGGACCAUUAGGGCCUUAUGCUAGAAGGACUGCUACUAGACGAGCAACAAUAUCCGAAGCACCCAUGCAUUUGCACUCUGAUAUUCUUGAUGAUUCGAACCCAUUACCAUUGCCCACGACAUCAAAUCUUCCAGCAACGUCAACGUCAACGACUCAACCUACACACUUACCUCCUAGGCAAAGUCCAUUUAAAUCAUUCAAUAGCCAAGAAGCUUUAGAAGUUUCUAAAAGAGAGGAACUACCAGCGGCUGAAUUAGUGGAAACAGCCAAAUCUUCAAAUACUCCGCAUUUGCCGAAAGAUGUUCAAGACAAUGAUUACGAUGCAAACAACGUAGGCAGUGUCGGCGGUGGAGGGGGUGUUGUCAACAAUGCAUCUUUCAAUGGCAACUCUCGACUCAAUCUCAAUCCAGAUGAACGUUUGUUCUUUGAAUGCUGCAAUAUUUUAAAAAGUGCCGAAACGCCACGUCUCAAUAGCGUAAUCGUACCCGAAGCUCCGGAGGAUUGUAAUAACAUCAGCACCAACUACAACAACUACACCUUUAGGCCACAGGACAAGUCAUCAUCCGCGCUAAAUAACUCAGAGUGUAUUCGAGAUCGUUCAAAUGUCACAAAUGUAAAUAUGGACAACACCGUCAGAAGUGGCAUCCACUCCCUGGGCCAUAUGGUCGCUAGCAAUAAUGCCCAACCUAACAAUCAUCAGCCGCUAAUGGAACAAUCAACUUUGUUCAGAGAUCCGCCAUCUAUAAAUACACCCAAUUGUUACAACCGACCUGUAACAGAAAAUCGGAACGCGAGAUCUCCUACUUAUUCUGCAAUAUCCCACCUUUCUGCUGUGACCAAUACAACAUCCCGCUUCAAGACCAAAGCUGCCAUGAAAGGCUAUGACGUUAAUUUAGAUCUGAUACACCAACAGGAAUCGAAGUCCCGAACAAUUUGUAAAUUAACUGAGCUGGCUGAAAUUGCCUUGGGCAAUGAAGACAAACCUAACUCGCACAGUUUCUCACCCAUUCAGAAUAGCAAUACUCCAACUCGGCCGCUGGUACCAGCAGCACCCUGUACUUCGAAAGUGGACACGGCAGCCAUGGAUGUUCCUCUGCGUAUGAAAGGGGUGGUAGGGGCAGACUAUCCCUCGUUGCUAGUAGUCGACAAUCCGAAAGAGUCCAAUAUUCCAUUAGCACCAAGAAAUGAAAGAACAAAAAAUAAUGAGACACGUAGUUCAACGUCCUCUAAAACUAUUAUGCAUUCGUCUAUUAUAAAGGCUGCUGUCGAGGAGCACCAAAAACCCGCCAAUUGCAACAAAAUUGUUAUUCCGGAUCGGCCAUUCAAAAAUAUUGGACUAGAGGAAAAGGAGACCAUAACCUUUCAGAAACCCAAGGCACCGCCAGUCCAUUUGCUUACAGAAGAUAACAAUAGUGUGUCCACCGGCAGCUUCUCGGAUAGAGAUGACUAUGAUUUCGGCUCAUUAAGCUGCGACGAAGAAGCGAGUGUACGCGAAUGUAACGAAAAGAUUCCGAAAAAUAAUUCGUCUGAGUCUAGUUCAGAAUCAAGUCGCGCCACUGCGAAGACCUUUGAAAACAAAUCGCUUAUAAUGGGAAGAAUCUUCAAGAAUGUCAGCACCAAAGCUGCUGUAAAGAAUAAUAUCGCACCAGCGGUUAAGGUAAAAAGUGUUGGAGUACAGAAGGACCAAGCUCCUACGCCCAAGGCCGAUUUGAAUCAACUGUUCGAUGAAUUAAGAGGAAACUCGGGAGUCGAAGGUAAUGUAAGCGAACGAAUUGGCAAUAUGAGUGCCAACGAUAGGGGCAUUAUGGUGGUGGGAAGCAGUCGGCUUAAUGCCAAACCCCACCAAAGAGAUAUUACAAAACAUAUAGCUCCGGCCGCUUCACCACCGGCUGUAGUAAGUUCAACAACUGCAACACCUCCGACAAAUACUCGCAAGAACAAAGCCCGCGAAUCUCGUCCCAAAGCUAAGAGUGCUGGAAAAACUCCUAAGGAUAUUUCCAAAUUACAAACCGAACUUGGUAUGAGUCCGGACGAAAUUAAAAAGUUAAUCGAUGAGGGUCAGCGCAAGUCGAAACGUCGAUGUGCUACAAAUCGUCCCAAAAAAUUAAUUGAAAUGUGGAGUUCGGAUGAGUACGAAGAGUUCCUCUCCACUAAAGACAUCAUUGCUUUAAUCGAAGAAAAGGAAGAAAAGGAAAAGCGAAAGAAGCGCAAAAGCAGUGUCAAUAUUUCAUCCAACAAUAGUGAAAUGGGCAAAGAAAAAGAUAUACCAGAUGUUACAUCCAGUACUAAGGACUCUAAGCGUAGAAAUACAAGAAAAACAAAUGUGACAACGGAGCGUCCGGUGGAUGAGCAACAAGGUAGUGUGGAAAGAAGACCAGCAAAAUCGAAAAAAGCCAACACGACCAAUAAAAAGGAAAAUACUGUUGUUACUACGUCGGCCGUGGCGAGAGGAACAGUAGCAGGAACCAAGUUACCUGAAAAAAUCGACACAGUAGCAGAAAAUACCAAAUCUAAAAGUGUUCCAAGCAAAGCUACAAAAUCGAAAGGCAAGCAAACAGAAAAGGCCAAAGCACCCGUUAAGCCGCCUUCAAAAGAACCUAAAUCGAAAACAAAAAAAUCCAAACUUGAUGAUGAGGACAAUAACAAUGACUCGGCUGAUGAUAUCGAAGAUGAUUAUUUAAUAUCGGAACUUAAACAAAAACAAGCAAAAAAGAAAACGGCUGCCUCUAAAGCCAGGCAAUCGAAAGCAGUUGGCAUUUCUGCUCCCACCGUAACAUCUACAGCAAAUCUGAAAGUAGCAAAAUCGUCAGCAGUGCCAUCAUCAUCACAAUCCACCCGCAAAAGGACGCCGGCGGUUAAUGUUACGGCCACAACCGCCGACAUUGUAAAGGCUCAAAAAGCACAGCCAAAGAAUAAACGAAAAAAUCAAGCCAAUCAAUCACCUCCAAGAAGAAAGCGACCUGCAACCGAAAAACUGUAUUACUGGUCAUCGUCAAGUGAUGAGGAGUUUGGACGAAUCAAUAACAACAACAAUAACAAGGGCAAUGCAAAUGUGAAUGUAAACACAGACAACUUUGAAACGGGCAAUGGAGAGCAAUAUCAAAAACAUGGAUGGAUAGUGGGUGAUUCCCAUAAGAAACUGGUUACCCUCUUGGCCAUUGCAAAGGGUAAUAAGAAAGUCGAUGGCGUUAAGAAAAACAUUACCAAAAAGCGCAGUUAAAUUUGUUCAAAAUUGAAAUGAUUUUUUUAUAACGGUGUAUCAUCCAAGAUAAGUAUAUGAUGUACAUAUAACACACUAACACAUAGACAACAUUCGUAGAUACGUUUACGUUAUAGAGAAAAACAAAUCUUCGUUGGAAAUAACAUAUGUGUGUACUAACCUAUAACCUUAAUUUUAACUAAGUAUGUACGUAUAAUAAUUACUAAAUAUCAUCAUGCUACAAGGCGUUGUUCAUACACUAUAAAAAGGUCAUAUUAGGCGGUUUUUGUUCGAAAGAAUUUUCUUAAGAAAAACAUUAGAUCUUUAUUUUAUUUUGAUGUUUCCUAUUGUUGUACAAGUCUGUUCUGAUACAGAGAGAGCGAGAGAGAGAGAGAGCAAAAUGAUUAUCUAUUAUAACGAAUAUUGAAAAUUGUAUUUAUUGUGUUCAACGACCAUACCCAUUAUUGUUUACAAAGUUGUACAUACAUACUUCACACAUGACAUGACAUAUUUUAAACCCGGCUAGACCAUGAGUUCUAUAAGCAAUCUCUAGAUACACAUUUUUGAUCAACUCUAGAUAUGGGCGUACAAAUCUAAAGCUUUAUUUUGUAGACAUUAUGCACAUCCGUUAUCUAUUAUCUAUCUUUCUUAUGGACACUAAUUAGAUCGUCUGCGAUUAUUUACACCAGGAAGUGGAAAAGUAUUGCAUACAAUACCGCUUUUAAAGAUGGGGUUACAUUCUAUGCGCGCGCAUUAAAAAUGCAACUCUGCAAACAAAUCCCAAAAUAACGACGCGCAAAAGUUCAUGAAUUUUCAACUUUAACGAUUGAACUCGAGCUUCGUUCUGUGUUGACAUACGUGAAGUAGUAUUUUUAGACGUCAAAGUAAAUAAUUGUAAAAUUUUUGCACGUUGCUUUUUGGCAUUUGUUUGCAGAGUUGCAUUUUUAACGCAACGCUCAAAAACAAAGCUCAACGCUCAUCUAUUUUGGCCUUAAACAUUAUAUAUAGGCAAAGAAUUGUAUCUUCCCACUUGGUGGCGCUUGUGAAUAUAGAUAGAUGAGAAUUAUCUAAAAGUCAUUUUUUGCAUUUUCUUAAUAUCCAUUAUUUCCUUUCCCCUGAAGGAAACUAUGACUUAAUAUACGUUUAACAAAUAACAGGGUUUCGACGGUCUUAGCUUCCGAUAUGUGUAUCUUUCUUUUUUAAUCUUUUCUAUUUGCUGUAAGGGUUGGUUUCUGCUUUCGGAAUAGCCGCUGAAAUUUUCAAUUGUUUCGCGAGCCAAAUUUGACAGCCAUACAGUGUUUUUGCUUCUAUAACAAAACACUUUUCUUUAUCUGCCCUUAAUUGUUUUCUUUAUAUACUUUUUCUCACAUAAAUAAAGAAAAACGAACCACUGAAACCAAAAAACAAAGAAAAAAGAUACCGGCAAUAGUUUUAAGUGUUGCCACUAUAGUAGUUUUUUUUUGCCAUUUUCCUCGCUAUAGGCAGAGUACUACUUUUCCGCCUGUUUUCAGCCAACGUUUCGCCGACGUUUUUUAUAUGUAGAUUGACAGCAUUCUACCUGAAAAGCUGAACAGAAUACUCAGCUUAAGUUUGAUUUUUUAAUUUGUUUUUUCGGCAGAGCUGCUUUGUUUGAAGAAAAAUAAAAUAAUUACCGACAACUAUAUAAGCUUGACAAAUUGCUGUCAAAUUUUGAGAGCCCAAAAAUUCCUCUGCCGUCCAAUUUUUGCGUAGAUGUUGGCCGAUUGUUCAUAUUGGCCGAUUGUUCAAGAAUUCAAGUCGGUAGAUUGGUGCAUAUGGGAGCUAUAUCUAAACUUGGACCAUUUAAAGUCCCAAUCAAACAAGAUGUUGGAGAAGUAUCUGUGAAAAUUUCGGGAAGUUUUAAUCGUUCGAGAGUGAGUAAGCUUUUGGAUAGACACCUUAUUCUUUGGCAAAAUGUAUACAAGUACUGUCAUAUGGCAACACUUAGCUUUGUCAACAUAAAAAGGUUAAAAAUCUGAAAUUAAUCAAUGAAAAGCGUACACCGCACUUUAAAGCAAUUACAAAUCUUUCGGAGAACACCGUAGCGCAGAGGUCAGCAUGACCGCCUAUAACGCUGAACGCCUGGGUUCGAAUCCAUGCGAGGCCAUCAGAAAAAUGUUCAGCGGUGGUUUUCCUCUCUUUACUCUGGCAACAUUUUUGAAGUACUAUGCCUUGUAAAAACUUCUCUCGCACUGCGGCACGCCGUUCGGACUCGUCUAUAAGAAAGACGCCCAUUAUCAUUGAAUCGGACUACACUCAUUGAUAUGUGAGAAGUUUGCCACUAUUCCUUAGUGGAACAUUCCAUUUUUCGGAAAAGCAUACAUUCACAUAAUUUGUCUUCUCAAAUUAAAGUAGUAAAAUGAACAGUUUUCAAUAUACACAUCCCAAUUUGUCAAAUUUUACAUACUCUAUAAAGUCAAAUUUUGCAACAAUUUUGUAAGAGAAACGAUCACACGACUUAAACAAACGUUCAUUGGUUAAAGAGACGCACUUUUCAUCUUUCAGAAACUUGCUGCUAUUCACAAUAAUAACGAACCUUUGUAAUUAUAGAGUUAAAGCUGCUAUCACACUAUAUGUGCUUGUUUUAUGAAAUUUCUAUUUAUUAAUUUGUUGAAGUUGCACACAUAGAUGGCGUGCCAAUCGGUAUCAAUCUCCUAUGUUGAGAUGUAAAAAUAGUGUAGGGAGUGUUUUUUGACACUGGUGAGAAAAAAUUAACAUUUUGCUGUGCCAAACGGUAAAAUUCUCACUAUACAAAUUUUUGACAUUUUUGACAUUUCUGCCUGAGCAACGACAAGCCAAGUUAUUUCAAAUAAUCAAAAUUUAUUGAAAAUUAUAUAUGACUUGCCAAAAACACUUGUUUAGUAAACUUGCAAUAAGCACAAUGAGAUACUUGGCAUAGUUCACAGAUAAAAGUCUCUUUGGAUUAAUGAUUUUAUUGUAUCAAGAUUUUAUUAACAUUUAAAAGCCGAAUGAUUGCUGCUGCCGACGCCUUCCAACAAAUAUAGUGGUUGCAUAUGUCUCUCUUGUUUUCCCAUUUUUUUUGCAACAGUGGCAUUUAUCAUAAAUUUUCAAAUGGCAAUGUGACAAUAUUAUCAGCCCUAUUUUGAAUAACAAUGUACUGGGAGUUUUUUCCCAAAUCCCUUUUCCCCUAUUCUAAACAAACUUUGAAAAAGGAUAAUAUCUCCCUGGGAAAGCUUAAGCUGCCAUUAGACGAUAAGACAUAUGAUAUGAGUUGUCACUUUCUGUAUUCAUAAGCCUUGUCUUAUAUACGUCGAAUACGAAUAGAUCGCCCUCUAAUCACAUGUCUAUUACAAAAAAAAAGUACAAUACAUGCCGAUUAGUACGCGGUCUAUUCGUAUUUAACGUACAUAAGGGAAGCUAAGGGCAUACAGAAAGUGACAGAACAUAUGUAAAACUUAUAAUACCCUACACCACUACUGUUGUACAGGGUAUUAUAAGUUUGUGCAGUUUUUUGCAAUGCUAAGAAGGAGAAGAGCUAGACCCAUUGAUAAGUAUACCAAUCGACUCAGAAUCACUUUCUGAUUUGAUUGAGCCAUGUCCGUCUGUGAGUCCAUGUAUUUUUGUUAUCAAAGUGCAGGUCGUGUUUGUUGUCCAAUCACCACGAAAUUUUGCACAUAUCACUUUAUUGGCCCAAGGACAGACGCUUUUUAUUUUGGUAAAAAUCGGUUCAGAUUUUUAUAUAGCUCCCAUAUAUAUGUAUCGCCCGAUUUGCACCUAAAUGGCCGUAGCACCCAUACAUAUUUAUUGCCGGAUUUGCACUUAUAUGGCCGUAGUAAUAACAAUUUUCAAACCAUCUGUUUGAAAGUCGGUUCAGAUUUAGAUAUAGCUCUCAAUACAUAUAUAUUUAUAUAUUGCCCGAAUUUAGAGGUGUAGAUUAGGUGUAGAGUAUUAUACGAGGGCGGUUCGGAAACUUCUUAGCCUAUCAAUGAAAGAAAACUUCUUAGCCUAAUCUACUGAAACUUCAAUACACUUAGUUCAACGCUUAUCUCUCUCUUAUUCCUUGAAAUUUUGCACAUGGUGUUUUGGUAUCACUGUCAACAACUGUGUUAAGUAUGAUUCAAAUCGUUUCAUAAUCUGGUAUAAAUGUCGUAUAAACCGAUCUUGACUUCUUUAGCCGCUAGAGAGCGCAAUUCUCAUCCGAUUUGGCUGAAAUUUGGCAUGACUUCCAAUGACUGUGCUAAGUAUGGCGUGAAUCGGUACAUAAAUUGAUAUAGCUGCCAUACAAACCGAUCUUGGAUCUUGACUUCUUUAGCCGCUAGAGAACGGAAUUCUCAUCCCAUUUGGCUGAAAUUUUGCAUGAGGUGCUUCGUUAUGACUUCCCAUGACUGUGCUAGGUAUGGCGCAAAUCAGUACAUAAAUUGAUAUAGCUGCCAUAUAAACCGAUCGGGGAUAUUGACUUCUUGAGCCUCUAGAGGGCGCAAGUCUCAUCCGAUUUUGCAGAAAUUUUGUACAACUGCUUCUCUCAUGACCUACAACAUACGUGUUCAAUAUGGUCUGAAUCGAUCAAUAGCUUGAUAAGCUCCCAUAUAAACCGAUCUCCCGAUCUUGCUUCUUGAGCCGCUAUUCUUAUCCGAAUGAACUGAAAUAUUACACAAUGACUUGUACAAUGUUUAGCAUUCAUUUAUGGUCCGAAUCGGACUAUAACUUGAUAUAGCUCCAAUAGCAUAACAGUUUUUAUUAUUUUUUUUUGAACACGCCAAAUGCGAUCCAUGGUGGAGGGUACAUAAUAUUGGGCCCGGUCGAAAUUAGCACGCUCUUAAUUGUUUCUGUUUAUACCGCGCCUUUUGUGCUGGGCAGAGAACUUUCCAAACCGCCCUCGUAUAGUAGACUUUUGUCUUUCCUUACGGGUUUUUAAUUUUUCUUUUUAUGUGUACACUUGAGAAGAAAGUGAAAGAGAGAUAUAGAGUUUGACGGAAAAUGUUUUUUUUUUGUUCGCUACUUUCAAUUCUAGUCGCGUCAUUAAAAUGCUGCCCAAAACCCUUUCUGAGGUUAAAUUACAGCAAUGGAUUUCAUCAUUAACAACCACAAAAACUUUGGUAUUCCAUGCCAAAAAUUUGCAUUUAAUUUUGAGGAUACUAUUCCGUAUUGGAAUCAAAUCAAACAAUUCAUUUUACUGCCAUAUGUUUUAUGUAACAUAAAAUGUCCAUGUUUCAAUCCACACUUGUAUAGAACGAGAGUAUGAAUGAAUCACUUUAAAAUCCCAGUAUGUUAAUCAUUUAUGAGAAUUUUAGGUGAUAGUUUUCCCUGUAACAUUAGUGCAAGUCUAGUUUGUCAUUCAUCAUGCAAAAUCUGAUCAAAGACACCAUUUUAUAUUUUAUACAAGUUUUUUUUAACUAUUUUUAGUCUAUUUGUCUUCCUUUUCAUAUAUUAGCUUUUGAUUUCUUAUUUUUUUUAAUACCCAUUUUAUGUAUAUAUCUAAAAAAUAAUACAAAGGAGAUACAUACAAAAAAAACAGAGUGAAAUAAGAACUCAACAUUUUUUUGUUUUGGCCAACUUGCUGCCUCGCAUAUUUGCGAGAAAAAAAAAAACCUUAGUUAUUGCAUUAGGAGUUCCUUUCCCAUCCGAAGAAUGGUCCAUUGAGUUUAAGCGCAUUGUCGAAAAUAUUGUCUCUAUCGUCUAAAUGUUUGUAAUAUGUAUAUGUAAAAAUUUGCUAAUAAGUAACACACAAACAAUAAACACAUUAAGCAUAAAGUAAAUAAUUAAGUAAGUUUAGAAAUCCCCUUGUCGUUGUAUACUUAUCUCACACAAACAUGUAUUUAUGUACUAUUUUGAUAUAUAUAUAUAGGCAGAAAAGAAAUAAUUAAGGUUCUAUUCUCAAUCUCACCACUAAUUAUGGAACGAGCGAAAAAUAAGCGUAGUUCUAAUGUAGUUUGUAGUGUAGUUUUCUAGCAUAAUUCAUAGUUUACAACAUAAGCAGUGUGCUAUAAUAAAUAAAUACAUACAUAAUAACUAUAUAUAUAUACACAUAUAUAUAUAUAUAUAUAUUUACAAAUAGAAAUGUAUGUUAAAUAAAUGAUUAAGUUAAGUACAUAUAUAGAAUGAGAUAUAAUUGACACAUUUUGUUGUACGACCUGCGUUGGUCAAAAUGAAAUAAAUAUUUUAAAAUAUCAUUUGUAUGUGUUAUUGUAUUGUAAUUUAGCAUACUUUAAAUUAAACCUAUAAUCAUCUAAAUAAUAAUAAUAAUAAAACCACAAACACAGUAACACAUCAUAUAAACACAAAUACAAGUAUAAAUAAAGCAAAGCUUAUAAUAAAUAAUUACAAA